UCAGAAAAUAAGCUAAUUUGAUGGCAUAAAUAAUUAGAAUCUGAUAUCUGCCAUCGGGUUAACAGAGUUUAUUUGUUGAUAUUCAGAUUUUCUAAAUUGGUUUAGAUUAUUAGUUAUACGCUUAUGUAGUAAAAAGCAUCAGAAUUUCUCUGACUAUUAUGUUCUCAGAUCCAGAGCUCCAAAGUGAAGCAGAUCAUGGAGAUCCUGAGAAGAGUGAAGAGCAGUUACUACUCUGCCUUUAAGGAUGUCUGUGUCAAAGUCGAUGAGGCUGUGCUGGAAGCAGAGGACAUAGAUCUGUAUCUGCGCCCUCUGAGGAGACAGAUCACCAACCUAGAAGAGAGAAGCUUUCCUCAAAUGGAAACUCUCCUCUCUCCUCUUUUUCACACUCUUUGUCUCAUCUGGAGUCACUCCAAAUAUUACUGCGCUCCGCAGCGCAUGGUGGUCCUCCUGCAAGAGUUCAGCAACCUGAUCAUCGAAAAGGCCUUUGGGUAUCUCAUCCCUGAAGAACUGUUUAAGAUGGAGCUCGAGGAGGGGAUGGAGAGAGUACAAAUCAGCAUCUCCAUUCUACAAACCUUCAAGGGACAGUUCCGCACUUACCGUCAGCAGAUACCAAGCUACUACAGAAACAGUCAGGAUGUAAAGUUGUGGGACUUUCCAGAAACCCUGAUCUUUAAGCGUUCAGACCGCAUCUUGGAACGGCUUCUUAUGAUCAAGGAACUUUUUGCAACAGCGUUGGACUUUCUGAAACUGGAGAAGGUUGAACUGGGUGGAUCCAGAGGAAAAAUCCUCAACCAGAUGGUUUUCAGCAUGAACGAUGAGUUUCUCGACCGCUGGAGGACCCUGAGAGAGAGCAAAUACGACCCUUUAGACUACUCUGAUGAUGAUUUUGUGCAUCACUACAAGCUCUUCGUGGAGCAGAACACAGAUUUUGACCAAAGGCUUGGAACCGUUCUCAAUUUGGCCUUUCAUCACACCCAAAACCUGAAUUCAGCUUUUAAGUUGUUAAAGAUUUUUGGCACUCUUCUUGAGAGACCCACAAUCCAACAGCUGUUUUUGCCUAAUUACAACGUGUUGCUGAACAUGUUCAACCAGGAAAUAGACCGCUGUCAGGUCAUGCUGGAUCAACACAGAGCCGGGCUGCAAACUGGUGAUGCAUUCCUGGUAAAAAAUAUGUCUCCAGUGGCUGGGAACCUCAAAUGGUCACAGGAGCUUCGCAGUCGCAUUCUCACCAACAGGAGCAACUUCUGCCAGCUGGCUUAUGCGCAUCUGGGUUGUGGCAAGGCAGACGGUGUACUCAGGAAGUGUGAAAGCAUUCUGGAGAUUCUGGAGAAAAACGAUGAAGAGAUCUUCACUGAGUGGAGAGAAGGGCUGGAGGAAAUCUGCCAAAUGCAUCUCAAAGAGCCACUGCUGAUGUUGGACACUGGCACGGGUCUCUACCAGGUUAACUUCAGUCCUGCUCUGACAUCUGUGCUGAAGGAGGUAAAAUACCUGGGCAUGAUGAAGAACCAAAACAUUCCCAAAGCAGCUCUCCAGCUCUAUUCCAAUCAGGACCGACUUUACAUGUACACACAGUCAUUGACCUUGGUGACCCAGUGGUACAACAAGCUCAACAGCACCAUCCUGGCUGUAGAGCUAGGCUUAGUGAAAGGCGAGAUGGACGGAGUGAGAGAACAGCUCAGUCCGGCCCUCCAGAAGCUGAUCUGGGCUCAGGAUGACCUUUGGGACUACAUUCAGGGUACACAAGAACUGGUCAAGAGUCUCUCCACUCGAGUGAAGAGGAGUAAAGCUAACAUUGAAGCCAUUCAGGCCCUCCUGGGUAAAUUCAGUAACCAGGCUUUCAUCACCAGAAAAGGUCUCGACCAUCCUCUCCUCAGCUUCUCUGACAUCAAUGAGAACAUUUCUAGACAGCGAGCCCUCAUUAGCAGCAUGGGAGAGCAGAUGCACAAACUACUGCAGGAGAACCAGUCCCUGCUUGGUGUGACAGAUCAGGACAGCAGUGAGUGGCAGGCAUACACGAAUUACGUGGACCAGAUGAUUGUAGCCGGCUUCUCCAGCGCAGUCCGUUGCUCCCUGCUGUACAUCAUGGACAACACAGACUCCGCACAAAGCAUCACACCACUUUUUGAAAUCAAGCUGGUGCUCGGCUCUAAUGAGAUGACCUUCAAUCCAUCACUGGACCUAAGUCACAGUGGCAACUUCUACGAUUUUGUGGAUGAAAUGGUGGAUAACAUCACAUGCAUGGCUUCCUUCAUCCCCAGAGUGGCCCCCCACACACAGCUGAAUGACUAUCAGGCUGACAUUAAUGAAAUGGAGGAUUUGUCAGAGAUGUGUAAUAUAAUUCGAUCACGCACCCGUGCAGCAAUCGCUAAGGUCAGGGAGUACCAAGCCUCGUUUUCCAGCUUCCGCUACCUUUGGACGGAUGAUAGGUCUGAAUUCAUGAGGCAGUUCCUGCUUUAUGGUCACGUUUUAAGCACAGAGGAAGCUGAGCUGUAUGCUGACUAUGAACUCAAAAAGAACCCACCGACUCUGGACAACUUUAAAGUCCAGAUCAAUCUCUUUGAGUCCCUGCAUGUACGAGUGAGCAAGAUGGACGACAUGAAGGUGUUUUGUGGUUGGCUGCAGCUGGACAACAGACCCUUCAAGCACUCACUGAUGAAUGUCAUCAAGAGGUGGAGCUGGAUGUUCAAGGAGCACCUUCUCAAUCAUGUGAACCAGAGCGUGAGAGAUCUGUCCAGUUUUGUCGAAGACACGGCCAAAGGUCUUUCUACGAAGGUGUCAAAAGGGGAUUACGCAGGGCUGGUGGGCAUAAUGGGACACCUUAUGGCCAUACGAGAUCGACAGAUCAGUAACGAGCAGCACUUCAGACCCCUCAAGUCCACUUCUGAGCUUCUCAAAUCCUAUGGACAGCAGCUUCCAGAGAGUGUCUACACACAGCUCGAAGAGCUGCCUGAAAAGUGGAAAAGUCUCAGAAAAAUUGCCUUCACGGUCAAACACGAAGUGGCACCGCUGCAGUCCAAUGAAGUUGCCGUCAUACGUAGGAAGUGUGUGCGGUUUGAGGUGAAGCAGUACGAGUUCAGAGAAAAAUUUCGAACUGAAUCCAUUUUUAAGAUCGAUUUGAAGGAGCCAUAUCAGCUGAUUGAUAAGUGUAAUCGGUCAGUAGCUGGGAUGGAGAUGGAAAUGAAGAAGCUGCAGGACACGGCUGAUCUGUUCGAGGUCAGCUUCCCAGAGUAUAAACAGCUGCGCCAGUGUCGCUCGGACAUAAUCCUUGUCAAAGCAGUCUGGGACAUGAUCGUCUUUGUCAGGACAUGUAUAGAGGACUGGACCAAGACUCCAUGGAAGGAGAUCAAUGUGGAGCAGAUGGAUAUGGAGCUGCGGCGGUUUGCUAAAGAAAUGAAGAUGCUAGAUAAGGAAGUGCGAGCAUGGGAUGUCUACGCAGGGCUGGAGUCAACUGUGAAAAACAUGCUGACCUCUCUGAGAGCUGUCAACGAGCUGCAGAACUCUGCCAUCAGGGAGAGACACUGGCAGCAACUCAUGAACACCACUGGGGUCAGAUUUGUGAUGGGAGAGGGCACCACCUUGGGGGACCUACUGGAAUUACAGCUUCAUCGAGUGGAGGAUGAAGUUAAGAACAUAGUGGACAAGGCUGUGAAAGAAAUGGGUAUUGAGAAGAUUUUGGCAGAAAUAAGUCAGACUUGGAGCGUUAUGUCGCUCUCAUAUGAGACUCACACCAACACAGGAAUCCCUCUGCUAAAAGCUGAUGAGAACCUAAUCGAAACACUGGAGGACAAUCAGGUGCAGCUGCAGAACAUCCUGAUGAGUAAAUACGUGGAGUAUUUCUUAGCAGAAGUGAGCGGAUGGCAGAAGAAGCUGAUGGUAGCAGAUCUGGUCAUCUCCUCCUGGAUGUGCGUCCAGAGAACAUGGGCUCACCUCAACAGCAUCUUCACAAACAGCGACGAUAUCCGCAUCCAGCUGGCUCAUGAUGCCGAACGCUUUCAGGGAAUACACACUGACUUCCAGACAUUGAUGACUGAAGUGGUGCAGAACAGUAACGUCGUCAAUGUGACCAACAAGCCGGGCUUCUUGGAGAACCUGGAAACGUUACAGCAGAGGUUGUCUGUGUGUGAGAAGGCCCUAGCUGAGUAUCUGGAGACUAAGAGACUCACAUUCCCCAGAUUUUAUUUUGUCUCGGCCUCAGAUCUGCUGGAAAUCAUCUCCAAGGGAACGCAGCCCAGACAGGUGACCAGACAUUUGCUGAAGCUGUUUGACAACAUAGCAGAUCUCCGCUUUAAGGAUUCAGAUGUAGCCAACGAUGGGGGUGAAGAAGGAGUGGCGGUGGCCGUGGGCAUGUACAGUCGAGAAGGAGAAUAUGUUUCCUUCUCAGAGCCAUGCACCUGUGAAGGACAGGCAGAGUGCUGGUUAGGUGCUUUAGAGAGCACCAUGCGCUGCACAGUCCAAAAGGAGAUACAGGAAGCUGUAGCUGCUUAUGAGGAUAAACCACGAGACCAGUGGCUCUUUGACUACCCUGCACAGGUGUCGUUAACCGGUAGUCAGGUGUGGUGGGCCACAGAUGUGGGGAUUGCGUUUGCAAGGGUGGAGGAAGGGUUUGAGACCGCUCUCAAAGACUACAACAGGAAGCAGAUUACACAGCUCAACUCACUGAUCCAUAUGCUGCUUGGUGAUUUAACUCCUGGAGACAGACAGAAGAUCAUGACCAUCUGCACCAUUGAUGUCCACGCCCGGGACGUCGUUGCCAAUCUCAUUUCUCAAAAGGUGGCGACUGGACAGGCGUUUGCGUGGCUGUCCCAGCUGCGCCACUGCUGGGAUGAAGAAAUGCAACACUGUUAUGUUAAUAUCUGUGAUGCUCAGUUUCAGUUCAGCUAUGAGUACCUGGGCAACACCAACAGACUGGUCAUCACCCCGCUCACUGACAGGUGUUACAUAACUCUGACCCAGUCCCUCCAUCUCACUAUGAGUGGGGCUCCAUCAGGCCCAGCUGGAACUGGAAAAACAGAGACAACUAAAGACCUUGGACGCUCCCUUGGCAUCAUGGUGUAUGUGUUCAACUGUUCGGAACAAAUGGACUACAAGUCUAUAGGUAACAUCUACAAGGGCCUGGCUCAGACAGGAGUGUGGGGAUGCUUCGAUGAAUUCAACAGGAUCUCCGUGGACGUUCUGUCUGUGGUUGCUGUCCAGGUCAAGACCAUCCAAGACGCUGUACGCAACAAGAAGCAAAGGUUUCACUUUCUGGGAGAAGAAAUUGAUUUGAAACCAACAGUGGGAAUUUUCAUCACUCUGAACCCUGGAUAUGCUGGCAGGGCUGAGCUCCCAGAGAAUCUCAAGGCUCUUUUCAGACCCUGUGCAAUGGUGAUCCCAGACUUUGAGCUGAUCUGUGAGAUUAUGCUCGUGGCUGAAGGGUUCAUUGAUGCACGUCUACUGGCACGCAAGUUUAUCAGCCUCUACACUCUGUGUAAGGAGCUGCUGUCCAAACAGGAUCAUUAUGACUGGGGUUUGCGAGCUAUAAAGUCGGUCCUGGUUGUAGCUGGAUCACUGAAGCGAGAGGAACGCAACAGGCCUGAGGAGCAGGUCCUGAUGCGAGCUCUGAGGGACUUCAACUUGCCCAAAAUAGUGACCAGCGAUGUGCCCAUUUUCCUGGGACUGAUCAGCGACUUGUUCCCUCAGUUGGAUGUUCCUAGGAAGAGAGACGCCACUCUAGAAAACGCAGUUCGCCAGUCAGUCAGUGAGCUGCGCCUGCAACCUGAGGAGAGCUUUAUACUGAAGGUGACUCAGCUGGAGGAGCUGCUGGCUGUCAGACACUCUGUGUUUGUCGUAGGUGGACCGGGUACAGGAAAGAGUCAGAUAUUGAAGACGCUUCACAAGACUUAUUCAAACAUGAAGAUGAAGCCGAUAUGGAACGAUAUUAACCCCAAAGCUGUUACCACAGAUGAGCUGUUUGGAUAUCUGCAUCCUUCUACCAGAGAGUGGAAAGAUGGUCUGUUCUCCUCUCUGAUGAGAGAACUGACCUCAGUGGGCCACGGUGGACCCAAAUGGAUCGUUCUCGAUGGGGACAUUGACCCAAUGUGGAUUGAAUCUCUCAACACAGUUAUGGAUGAUAACAAAGUUCUGACUCUUGCCAGCAAUGAAAGGAUCAGUUUGUCCUCUUCCAUGCGUUUACUCUUUGAGAUCUCCCAUUUGAGGGCAGCUACUCCAGCUACGGUCUCUAGGGCUGGGAUCCUCUAUGUCAACCCACAAGACCUCGGCUGGACCUUUUAUGUGGCGAGUUGGAUAGACACCCGACAGGCUCAAUCAGAGCGGGCCAACCUCACCAUUUUGUUUGAUAAGUAUGUGCCCUACUGCUUGGAACAGGUCCGCUGCAACUUGAAAACCAUCACUCCCAUCCCAGAGAACAGCAUGGUGCAGACUUUGUGCUCCUUGCUGGACUGUUUGUUGACCGAGGACAACACUCCAGCUGAUUCUCCACGGGAACUUUAUGAGCUCUACUUUGUCUUUGCCUGUGUCUGGGCUUUUGGAGGGGCUCUCUUUCAGGACCAUCUGAAUGACUACCGCGCCGAAUUCAGCCGCUGGUGGUCCAAGGAGAUGAGAGCCGUGAAGUUUCCUUCUCAGGGUACCGUCUUUGAUUACUUUAUCGACCCCGAGACUAAAAAGUUUACACCUUGGAGUGAGAAGAUGGUGCCAUUUGAGCUGGAACCAGAUGUUCCACUGCAGACUGUGUUGGUCCACACCCCAGAAACCAUCUGUUUGACCUACUUUAUGGACUUGCUGAUCCAGAAAGGAAAACCCAUCAUGUUAGUGGGCCAUGCAGGAGUUGGCAAAACCAUUCUGGUGUCAGAUAAAGUCACAAAGCUGAAGGAGGACUUUGUGGUGGCUAAAGUUCCCUUUAACUAUUACACCACAUCAGCCAUGCUGCAGCGUGUGCUGGAGAAACCUUUGGAGAAGAAAGCCGGUCGAAAAUUUGCUCCUCCCACUGCUAAGAGGCUCAUCUACUUCAUUGAUGACCUCAACAUGCCAGAGGUGGACGUUUAUGGGACCGUCCAGCCACACACACUCAUCCGUCAGCACCUUGACUACAGCCACUGGUAUGACAGACAAAAGUUGGUGUUGAAGGAAAUACAUAACUGCCAGUACAUCACCUGUAUGAACCCUACAGCUGGAAGCUUCUCCAUCAACCCCCGACUACAAAGGCAUUUUUCUGUCUUCGCAGUACAUUUUCCUGGUGCAGAGGCAUUAGCUACCAUCUUCUCCAGCAUCUUGUCUGCCCACUUCCUUCAGGGAGGAUUCAGUUAUGGAGUCUCGCGCUCAGUUGGAAAUCUUAUUCAGGCGGCUAUAUGUCUGCACCAAAAGAUCAGCCAGAACUUCCUCCCUACAGCAAUUCGCUUCCACUAUAUCUUCAACCUGCGAGACCUCACCAACAUAUUCCAGGGCAUCCUGUUUGCCCUGCCAGAGAGCAUCCGAUACCCCAUGGACCUGGUUCACCUGUGGCUACACGAGAGCUCCAGAGUCUACUCCGACAAACUGAUGGAGGAGAAAGACGUGGAACUCUUCAAUAAAAUCUUGCUGGACACUGGAAAAAGAUAUUUUGAGGGCAUAGACGACUCCAUCUUUAUCCAUCAGCCUUUGGUGUACUGUCACUUUGCCCAGGGAGCAGGAGAACCGCGCUAUCACCAGGCUUCAGACUGGGAGAAGCUCCAGAAGACUCUGGCAGAGGCUCUGGAGCAUUAUAAUGAGCUGCACGCCGUCAUGGACCUGGUUCUGUUUGAAGAAGCCAUCCAGCAUAUCUGUCGAAUCAGCCGCAUCCUGGAGGCCCCUUACGGUAACGCCCUGCUGGUGGGGGUCGGGGGCAGCGGGAAGCAGAGCCUGUGUCGGCUGGCAGCUUUCCUGAGCUCACUGGAGGUUUUCCAGAUAACGCUGCGUAAAGGAUACAGCAUCAGUGAUUUGAAGAGUGAUUUAGCAGCUUUGUAUAUAAAAGUGGGAGUGAAGAACAUUGGGACAGUCUUCCUGCACACGGAUGCUCAGAUCCCAGAUGAACGCUUCCUGGUGCUCAUUAAUGACAUGCUGGCCUCAGGGGAUAUUCCUGACUUAUUUAGCGAUGAAGAAGUGGAUAUGAUUGUAGCAUCCAUCCGUUUGGAGCUGAAAGGAUUAGGACUCAUAGACAGCAGAGACAACUGCUGGAGUUUCUUCAUUGAGCGAAUAAGAAGACAGCUCAAGGUGGUUUUAUGUUUCUCACCAGUUGGGUUCACGUUGCGUACACGUGCACGGAAGUUUCCCGCUCUGGUUAACUGCACGGCUAUAGACUGGUUUCACCCCUGGCCUCAGCUUGCUCUGCAGUCCGUCAGCUCCACUUUCAUAGAGAAGAUACCCGGGCUGGAGGCCAAAGUCAGAGCAUCUAUCAGUGACUUCAUCUCCUACGCCCACACAAGUGUCAAUGAGGUAAGCAUCAAGUACCAGCAGAACGAGAAGCACUUCAACUAUACCACCCCCAAGAGUUUCCUUGAGUUCAUGAAGCUGUACGACAACCUGCUGCGGAAAAAACGCACCGAGCUUGCCCAGAAAAUGGAUCGGUUAGAGAACGGACUGCAGAAGCUGCAGAAUACGGCAUCACAAGUGGAGGAUCUCAAAGCCAAGUUAGCGGUUCAGGAGGUGGAGCUGCUGCAAAGGAACACAGACAUCGAGGCUCUUCUUGCUAAAAUAGGACAACAGUCAGACAAGCUCAGCCAAGAGAGGGCCGUGGCUGACGCUGAAGAGCAAAAGGUGGCAGCGAUUCAAGCGGAGGUAACAAAACAGCAACAGGAGACAGAAAACGACUUGGCCAAGGCUGAACCCGCCCUGCAGGCAGCCAACACAGCCCUCAACACACUCAACAGGCUGAAUCUGACUGAGCUGAGGACGUUCCCCAACCCUCCAGCGAUUGUUGCCAAUGUCUCAGCCGCUGUCCUGGUGCUGCUGUCUCCCCAAGGCCGGAUUCCCAAAGAUCGCAGCUGGAAGGCCUCCAAGAUGGUUAUGAGCAAGGUGGAUGACUUCCUGCAGGCUCUGGUGAACUUUGACAAAGAGAACAUCCCGGAGGCCACGGUGAAGUGUGUGAGGGACGAUUACCUCAGCGACCCUGAGUUCAAUCCAGAGUUUGUGCGACAAAAAUCCUCCGCUGCUGCUGGCCUCUGCUCCUGGGUGAUCAACAUCAUACGCUUCCAUGAGAUUUUUGUGUUCUGUGAGGUGGCGGCAAAGAGGAUGAGUCUAUCUCAGGCUAAUGCUGAUUUGGCUGAAGCUGCAGAGAAACUAGAAGUCAUCAGGAAAAAAAUGGCUGAGUUGGAUGGCAAUCUGGAAACUCUAACCACAGAGUUUGAGAAAGCCACAGCAGAGAAACUAGGCUUCCAGGAAGAAGUCAACCACACCAACAAGACUAUCGAACUUGCAAAUCGGCUGGUUAAAGGAUUGGAGAGUGAGAAUGUGCGCUGGGCCCACUCCGUGGCUCAGUACCAUGAUCAGGAAGCAACCCUCUGCGGAGACGUUCUCCUGACUGCUGCGUUCAUCUCCUACGCCGGCUCCUUCUCUAAGAAGUACAGGAGAGAGCUGCUGGAGAACCUCUGGAUGCCAUUCCUGCGCAGCCAGAAGACACCAAUUCCAAUGAUGGGCGACUUGGAUCCAGUGUCGAUGCUGACUGACGGUGCGACGGUGGCUCAGUGGAACAACGAAGGCUUGCCAGGAGACAAGAUGUCCACUCAGAACGCCUCCAUCCUCAUUAACUGUGAGUGCUGGCCUCUUCUCAUUGACCCUCAGCUCCAGGGCAUCAAGUGGAUCAAGAGUCGCUAUGGUAACGCUCUCAAGGUUGUCAGCCAAGGACAAAGAGGGUACGUUGACGUAAUUGAACAAGCUGUGGUAGCAGGGGACAUUGUGCUGAUUGAAAACCUCGAGGAGACGAUUGACCCCAUCAUUGACCCUCUGCUGGGGCGACACACUAUCAAGAAGGGCAGCUGUAUUAAAGUAGGGGACAAAGAGUGCUUCUUCCAUCCAAGCUUCAGACUGAUUCUUCACACUAAGCUGGCCAACCCUCACUACAAACCUGAGAUUCAGGCUCAGACCACCCUAAUCAACUUUACAGUGACCCGAGACGGCCUGGAGGACCAGCUUCUGGCCCAGGUGGUGAAUCAGGAGAGACCAGACCUCGAGCAUCUGAAGAGCGAGCUGACAAAGCAGCAGAACAUGUUUAAGAUUGAGCUGAAGCUUCUGGAGGACGAGCUGCUAACUCGACUGUCCGCUGCCGAGAGCAACUUCCUCGGUGACACGGUGCUGGUCGAGAAGCUGGAGUCCACGAAGCACACUGCUGCCGAGAUUGAGCUGAAGGUUCUGGAGGCAAAAAUUAAUGAGGUGAAAAUAAACGAGGCCAGGGAGCACUAUCGCCCUGUCGCAGUCAGAGCUUCUCUGCUCUACUUCAUCAUGAAUGAUCUCAACAAAAUCAACCCAAUGUACCAAUUCAGCCUCAAGGCCUUUAAUAUUGUUUUCCACAAGGCAGUGGAGAUGGCAGAGGUGUGUGAGGAUGUAAAGAGCAGAGUAAACACACUAAUAGAUUGUGUGACAUACUCCACCUUCAACUACAUCAGCAGGGGGCUAUUCGAGAGGGACAAGCUCACCUUUACAGCUCAGCUAACCUUCCAGCUGCUCCUGAUGAGUAAGGAAAUAGACGUGCGAGAACUGGACUUUCUGUUGCGUUUUAACAUUGACCACAACUACGUCAGUCCCCUGGACUUUCUCUCCAACUCAGCAUGGAGCGCCAUCAAGGUGAUGAGUUUCACCGAUGAGUUUCGCGGUCUGGACCGGGACAUUGAAGGCUCACCCAAACGCUGGAAGAAACUGGUUGAGUCGGAGUGCCCGGAGAAGGAGAAGUUUCCACAGGAGUGGAAGGGGAAAAGUUCCUUACAGAAGCUGAUCAUAAUGAGAGCUCUGAGGCCAGACCGCAUGACUUAUGCUCUUAGAAACUUUGUGGAAGAGAAGCUCGGGGUGAAGUACACGGAGGGCCGCAAGUCUGAAUUUGCAAAGUCCUUCAGGGAAAGUGGUCCUGCCUUUCCAGUGUUUUUCAUCCUCUCUCCUGGAGUGGACCCACUAAAAGAUGUGGAAUCAUUAGGAAGGAAGCUGGGCUUCACCAUAGACCUUGGAAAGCUCCACAAUGUCUCCUUGGGUCAGGGGCAGGAAAGUGUAGCUGAAGUCGCCAUGGAAAAGGCUUCCAAGGAGGGUCACUGGGUCAUAUUACAGAACAUCCACCUGGUUGCUCGCUGGCUGGGUGCACUUGAGAAGCUCCUGGAGCGUUGCUGUGAGAACACCCAUCCAGACUACAGAGUGUUUAUGAGUGCUGAACCAGCAGCUUCUCCCAAGGAACACAUUAUACCACAGGGAAUUCUGGAAAAUGCCAUUAAGAUCACCAAUGAGCCUCCCACGGGGAUGCAUGCUAAUCUACAUGCUGCUCUUGAUAACUUUGACCAGGACAUUCUGGACCAGUGCAGCCGUGAGCAGGAGUUCAAAACCAUCCUCUUCUCUCUGUGCUACUUUCACGCCUGCGUGGCCGAGAGGAGGAAGUUUGGGCCGCAGGGCUGGAACAGGAAGUACCCGUUCAACACCGGAGACCUCACCAUAUCGGUUAACGUCCUCUACAACUACCUGGAGGCCAACACACAGGUUCCAUGGGAGGAUCUGAGGUAUCUGUUUGGGGAGAUCAUGUAUGGAGGACAUAUCACUGAUGACUGGGACAGACGGCUCUGCAGAACUUACCUGGAAGAAUACAUGCAGCCGAACCAGUUUGACCGGAAAUUUGCUUUGGGAACUGGGUUUCUUGUUCCCUCUAAUUUGGAUUACAAGGGCUACCACGACUUCAUAGAUGAAAUGCUGCCCCACGAAAGCCCAGUGCAUUAUGGGUUGCACCCAAAUGCUGAAAUCGAGUUCCUUACAGUCACAUCUGAUAGUCUUUUUCACACCCUGCUGGAGCUGCAGUCUCCUGAUGCUGUUAUGGGGGAUGGAGCAUCACAGACACUAGAGGAGAAGGUGAAAACCAUUUUAGACGAGAUCUUGGAAAAGCUGCCAGAGGAGUACAACAUGUCUGACAUCACCUCCAAAACAGCCGAACGGUCACCGUACAUCCUAGUCUGCUUCCAGGAAUGUGAGCGCAUGAACAUGCUCAUUUCUGAGAUCCGCCGAUCACUGAGGGAGCUCGAUCUGGGUCUCAAGGGUGAGCUGGCCAUGUCCUCUGAGAUGGAGAAGCUGCAGGCUGCCUUGUUCUUUGACAACGUCCCCGAUACUUGGACCAGACUGGCUUACCCUUCUACCUACAGCCUGGCUAUCUGGUACAAUGAUGUGAUGCAGCGCUGCAAAGAGCUGGACAGCUGGACUCAAGACCUGUCUCUGCCCUGCGUCGUCUGGCUGUCUGGACUGUUCAACCCACAGUCCUUCCUCACUGCUGUGAUGCAGUCUCUGGCACGUAAAAACGAAUGGCCUCUGGAUAAAGUGAAUCUCACAGUGGAUGUCACCAAAAAGUUCAAGGAAGAGUUCAACCAACCUGCCAGGGAGGGUGCUUAUGUGUAUGGACUGUACAUGGAAGGUGCAAGGUGGGACAUUCAGACAGGAGUGAUCACUGAAGCUCGUCUGAAAGAGCUGACCCCAUCCAUGCCUGUCAUCUCAGUCCGUGCCGUCCCCAAUGACCGACAGGAGACCAGGAAUAUCUACGAAUGUCCACUAUACAAAACCAAGAUCAGAGGACCCACAUACGUUUGGACUUUUAGUCUCAAAACCAAAGAGAGGCCGGCAAAAUGGGUGCUGGCUGGAGUGGCUUUGCUGCUCAGUGUGUGA